AUGUUACCCUUUGCCUGGCCAUAUCCUCCUGAACAAAAGGAUGGAUACUGGGGUAUCCCUACUUCUACUAUAGAUUGGUGUGAAGAGAACUACGUCAUAUCUACAUAUAUUGCAGAGGCAUUGAACACCACCACUAACUCGGUAUUUAUUGCAUUGGCAACAUUUGCAAUUUACCAUGCGUUCCAUAAUAAAUUAGAGCCACGUUUUAUAUUUACUGCGUUUGGGUUUCUUUUGGUUGGUGUUGGCUCGUGGUUGUUCCAUAUGACUUUGAGGUAUCAUUUCCAAUUAUUGGACGAAUUGCCAAUGAUUUACGCAACGUGUAUCCCCUUUUGGUCUGUGUUUAGUGAAUUCAAGACACCGAGACAGUCAAUUCUUGUAGCCGUGGGCAUUUUCACUGCAGCAAACUUGCUUACUGUGAUAUAUUUGCACUUUAGAAACCCAACAAUUCAUCAAGCGGCAUACGGCAUAUUGAACGGCUUUAUUAUUCUCAGGUCAAUUCAGUUAAAUAUAAAGUAUGUCCACGAUAAAACCGCAAGAACUCAAUUGCACAAGACUAGUAUUUUUGGGAUUGGGAUAUUUUUGUUAGGAUACUUUUUAUGGAACCUUGACAUUCAUUUUUGUGAUUUUGCUCGUGCUACCAGACGAGAGUGGGGUAUUCCAUACGGGUUCGUUUUGGAAGGGCACGGAUGGUGGCAUAUAUUCACUGGGAUUGGUGUCUACUAUUCCUUGGUGUAUGAAGAGUAUUUACGUUGUUUUUUGACUGGGACUGAGAAGUAUUUCGAGUUUACUUGGAUAUGGGGGUUGCCCGUCGUUUACUGUAUAGACAAACAGGGCUUGGAAAGACACAGGUCGGUUCAAAAAUUAGCAGAAGAAGAUAAGAAAAACAUUUAA